GCGCGACCGAGCUCCGGGGGCGGUGCUGUUUCAUCCGGGUACCCGGUGGCGGGUGGUUGUUUUGUUUUCUUGGCUGAAAACUGGGAGAAAGUGAGGCGGCCCCGCGCUGCGCGACACCGGGCUCGGGACCGACUGCACGGGCGGGGCUGGACUGACCUGGAAAAAAAAUGUCUGGAUUUCUAGAAGGCUUGAGAUGCUCAGAAUGCAUUGACUGGGGGGAAAAGCGCAAUACUAUUGCUUCCAUUGCUGCUGGUGUUCUAUUUUUUACAGGCUGGUGGAUUAUCAUAGAUGCAGCUGUCAUUUAUCCCACUAUGGAAGACUUCAACCACUCAUACCAUGCCUGUGGUGUUAUAGCAACCAUAGCCUUCCUGAUGAUUAAUGCAGUAUCAAAUGGACAAGUCCGAGGUGAUAGUUACAGUGAAGGUUGCCUGGGUCAAACAGGCGCUCGCAUUUGGCUGUUCAUUGGUUUCAUGCUGGCCUUUGGAUCUCUGAUUGCAUCUAUGUGGAUUCUCUUUGGAGGUUAUGUUGCUAAAGAAAAAGCCAUCGUAUACCCUGGAAUUGCUGUAUUUUUCCAAAAUGCCUUCAUCUUUUUUGGAGGACUGGUUUUUAAGUUUGGCCGCACUGAAGACUUAUGGCAGUGAAAACAUCCGGUUUGCUUCCGCACAGCAGUCCUGCAUGGGUUUUUUACUACUCACUCCCCAGUUUUUUGUAAUGCCAUUUUCUAAACUCUUUCGAGUGUAGUCUCAGCUUCAAUUUGUGUAAUACUAAAAUCAUGAGAACUUCCUAUGUAAACAACAACAAAAAUCUAUUGUGGUGUGCAAUUGGAUUAACUUAUAAAAUGUUGAAAAUAGGCCACAUGAGUAAUUUUUAUUAAGUUUUAUCAUGGUGUAAUUUGUAAAAAUAAAUUACAAAAGGAAUUAUGGAUACAUCUUAUAUGAGCAUUUGUCAUAUCCAAGGUCUAAAACUACAGAUUAAAGUGCUCUGAAGAUUUAUUGUGUCUGUUUAAAUGUGGCCUAUUCUGUGUCAAAUGUUAAAUGAAGUAUAAACAUUUCUUGUUUUUAAAUCUAUGCAGUGGUCAGAAUUCUUUCUCACUAUACUUUGUGUUUGGUUUAUACAGUUUUGCCAAAAAUUCUGGAAACAUUUCAGCGUAAGUAGCCGUUGAGGGUCUCCCAAGGGGUGAGUGACCAUGUUGGUGC